AGAUUUUGUUGGUGUGUGAGCGUCGCGCCGUCCCCACACCAUCACGUGCGCAUCCCCGCUACGUUCACUAUAAAAGUCAUCGUCAAAACCUGCUGCGUGCUAUUACAAAAGUGCCUGUGUGUGUCCCGCCAUCAUAUUUACUUUAUCAAAUUACAAGAUGCAGGCGUGGUUGGUUGUGGCGUGCGCCGCAGCGUUGGCCGCUUUGGCAGCUGCCCAGAAGCCUGGCCGCUUCCUCUCCCUUCCAGUACCCGACAAAUGCGCGAGCAGACCAAAAGAGUUUACCUACCGUGGACACAACUACUUCUACAGUGGCCAUGUUCCAGCCCUUGCCAACAGGAAGGUAGAUUGGCUGGACGCACGUAACAUCUGCCGCGAGUACUGCAUGGACCUCGUCUCAAUGGAAACCCAGGAAGAAAACAAUCUGAUCUUCAAACUUAUUCAGCAAAAUGAUGUACCGUACAUUUGGACAUCUGGCCGUUUGUGCGACUUCAAAGGUUGCGAAUCGCGUAGAGAUCUUGAGCCAAAGAAUCUCUUAGGAUGGUUCUGGUCUGCCAACAGGGAAAGGAUAUCACCAACAAACCAGAUCCCCAACGGCUGGGGAUACAACCCAUGGUCUCAGACUGGACACAAGAAACAGCGUCAACCUGACAACGCCGAGUAUGACAUCAACGGUACAACCGAAUCCUGCCUCAGCGUUCUCAACAAUGUGUAUAAUGAUGGCAUCGCCUGGCACGACGUUGCCUGUUACCACGAAAAACCUUUCGUUUGCGAGGACUCUGAAGAGCUCCUCAACUACGUCGGAAGCACCAACCGAGGCAUUCGUCUGUGAUUCUCUAAGAAACACCGCUUUACAUUUUAGCGAAAUCCGUUCGAUUUUUUCUAUCUAGCUCUUUAUUCUAACAUCUCUAUUUAAAUAGCUAACAUCCAUUAAUCCAUUUAUUCAGGACAGCACAGUAUUUAUUCAAGCACUCGCCAUAAUUUUGUUGACAAAUUGCGAUCUCUUCCGCACGCACUGCCCUUACCAUCGUACAAAAUUUGUACAGACUAGUAUAAGGAAAUAAGUUUAAAACAUAGUAUAAGUUUUAUGACGUAAGGGAAAAUUUAUAUUUGUAUAUAAAAUAAAAAAAAA